GGAAGUUGUUCACGCAUGCGCACAGUGAGCAUCUAUUGCAAAUUAAAAAUUGGCGGGGAAAAGUGUUUUCAUCUGUAUGAAGUGUUUAUUGUGACAAUUUACCAUCAUGUGUGCAGCAGUCUCAGGGGAAGAUCUUUCAGAAGACUUUGCAACAUUUGACAUCGAACUAACUGAUCCUGACGUUGUCGAUAAAUUGAAGGAAUUAUGUAUGUUACAUCGGUUAGAAAGUUCAUCAUUGGUAGACGAAUGGGUUGCAUUUUCACAUACUCAUCAAAAUAUUAAUAUGACAAUGGACACAAUAGAACUCUUUGAAAGAGAGAGAUUGAAUAAGAAAUCACAUAAAAACAAGACACCAGUUUUUAAGAGGGAAAGAAAUAAACAUGCAUAUGACAUAAAUACAAUAGAUCAACUUAUUGAUAAUGAUGAAGCCAAUGAUUUGUUAAAUGCUUACUGUACACCAUCUACAAAGGGGAAAAAUAAAAGAUUACACACAACGCCAGAGAAUAUACAAAACAAAAGAUUAACAGGAUUAAGUGGAAGUCCAGCUAUGGCACCAUUCUCACCAAAAUCAUUAUCAUCACCAAUUGGUACCCCAUCACAAAAGUAUUCAAGUCGAAAUAACCAAGGCAAUGUGGUUGCUACUUUUGGUAACACCAGGAUUGCCUGGCGUGGCAGUGGAGCUGAUAACAUCUCUAUAGAUCAUUAUGAUAAAGAAAAUGCUUUGACAACAAAUAUCAAGUAUAUGUUUCAGAAAUAUGCUGAUAAGGCUAAUGUUCUGAAUGAUAUGAUUGAAGAUUUAGGAUAUGAAUUACAAAAUGGGUAUGUUAUAGAAAACCUGGGGCAUGUAGCAUUGCCGCUACAGGAGAGUUUUACUGCUGCAGGACGUAUCUGUUGUGAUAGCAACGGUAAACUGAAUUCCCAAUCUGUAAUCCUGGAAGGCUCCUCAGAAACGUCAGCUGGCAAACACGUAUCAUUGUUAUUGAAUAUCAAAGAGUAUUCAUUAUUUCCUGGUCAGAUAGUAGCUGUUGAUGGUACAAACAGUACAGGGAGUAAACUUGUAGUCAGUAAGCUGUAUCCAGGUUUAAUGUUACCAUUCAAUCAAAUUGAAGACAAGGAAAGCAGUACUGGACCAUUGUAUACAUUGACUACUGCUGGCCCAUACUUCACAUCUGAUAGUCUUAGUUUUGACCCGCUAAAUGAUUUGAUAAAAGUUAUUCUCAAAGAAAAACCAGAUGUCUGUAUUUUGUUUGGUCCAUUUGUUGACAGCAGACAUGAGCAUGUAGUGAAUGGUUUAGAAGGUACAGACAUGACUUACGAAGAACUAUUUUCUAAGAUGAUUGUGUACUUAACAGAGAAAACAUCCCAAUCAUCCACACAUCUGAUAAUUGUGCCAUCACAGCGGGAUAUUCAUCAUGAGUAUGUUUAUCCACAACCACCGUAUACAGUACAUGAUUUACCGAAACAAGAGUUCAAUAGAGUGCAUUUUGUAUCUGAUCCAUGUACAUUAUCCAUCAAUGGCGUUAUCUUUGGUAUCACAGCAACGGAUAUUCUCUUUCAUCUUGGUGGUGAAGAAAUAUCAUGGCCUGUCACUGGAUCUGACAGAUUGGCCAGAUUAUGCAAGCAUAUUCUAACACAGCAUAACUACUAUCCACUGUACCCACCAGCUGAUGAAGUCAACAUUGACUAUGAGUAUUUCGAUCACUAUGCAAAGAUGCAAGUUACACCUGAUGUGUUGAUAUUGCCUUCAGAUCUUAGAUUCUUUAUUAAGGAUGUAUCUGGAUGUGUUUGCAUCAAUCCUGGACGAUUAACUAAAGGUCAAAUAGGAGGCACCUAUGGAAGAUUAUUGAUCAAACCCAAAGUAGCUAACAAUGGAGUAGUACAACAAACAGCUGCAGAAAUUAUUAAAUUGUAAAACAUAAAUUAUGAACAUUUUUACUAGACAUUUUUUUUCUCCCUGUCCAAAUUCUUCUAUAUUUUUUUCCAUAUACUCAUAGUAGAUUCCCAUAGGCUCUGUAUGUAUACAUUUAUUUAUCAAACUAUGUAACAAUAUCCAUUGAUACCUGAAAAUAAAUAAUAUUAACUGGA